AGAUCAGAGCAAACAAAGAGACUCACAGUAGUGACUUUGCGGGACUGUUUGAUCUUCUCGAAACUAUGAUACUUUUUACGUGUUUUAUUAUUGGAAUGGUCAGUCAUGUACUUUCAGAUUCUGCUGGAUGUGCGCCUCCACAACUAUUGGAUGAACAACUAACACGGUUGAGCCAAGAUUUUAAUAUAAACCAUCCGGAUGUUGGAAAUGGAGGGGCAAUCUUUACCAAUAUGCUAAUGAAGUAUAAACAGAUACCUGAAAAAAAUGUUAUUUUGGAGGCUGUACUGCGCUCGUACUUGGACUUAUUCAAGGUUUUAAAGCAAAAAAGUGAAGUCAAGGACCACAUCAGCAUUGUUGCUAACAGCUUGAAUGAAUGUGCGACAUCUGCAAAGUACAGAAUGCAAAAUGACCUUCUCAAUGAUCUCAAGAAAUUAAGCAACAUCAAAUGGGAUGAUCAAAUGGUUCAGCGCAAAGCAAUCCUUGAACUUCGUGAAGUUCUGAACGUAGUGAAAGACACUGGGAAAAAAAGACGCAAGAGGAACAUGGGAAGGAGGCCAAGAAUCUAAAGAUUAUUUUAAUUUAGUUAUUGAGUAAAAAUAGACAUGUCCAUAAAAAUCAAAAGUUAACAUAUUUAUUUCAUAUUUAAUAAUUUAUAAUUGCUGCAAAGACAAGUUUGUUAUUUUAUUGUUGAUUUUACUAAUUGCUCCUUUGUGUCAGUGGACUUUGAAUAUUUAUUAGAUAAUUAUGGAGUUUUAUGAAUUAAGGUGAAGCUUUUACUGACCUAAGUACAAUUUGAAUUUGGCAAACAUUUUUUAAAAAUGUUUUUGAUCAAACAUCUUAAAACCAUAUGUUUUGUAUGGCCAACAGAUUGACAUUUCAAAAAAUGGCAGAACCUACAAAUGCCUAUUAUGUCUGAGCAGAAUAUAAUUAAUUCUGGUACAAUUUUUAUGCAUCUUUCCAUUAAGGAAACACUUUCUUUAUAAUUACAGAAGCCUAAGCUGUAACAGUUUCAUCUUAAAAAGACACACUGGGCAAUGUGUACAUCUUUUUAAAAAAAAGACAAUUUGAAAUCUACUUUUGUCAGAUCUGUCUCUGAAAUGUGCUAUUA